UCCAAAAAUCUUAUUUUAAAUUGGGAAAAGAUGAUAAGGGCUUUCAGAAGGAGUUUUAGUCAGAAAAAUCAGCUUAAAGAGCUGGCUUAUGUUAAUGGAGUGUCAGACACUCCUUUACUUGCGGCUACUAUUAGUCAGAGACUACGUACCCAGGCAUUAAAGUAUGCUAAGAAUCCAUUUCAAGUUUUCUACCAACAUGGAGUCAGCUAUACUUAUGAAGAGUUUGAUCAGAGAGUUGACGAAAUAGCUUGUGGACUCAUUGCUUUAGGACUUGAGAAAGGAGACAGAAUCGGAAUGUACUCACCUAAUCGUCCUGAAUGGUCUUUAAUUCAAUAUGCAGCAGCUAGAGCAGAUUUGAUCCUUGUAAAUGUCAAUCCUGCAUUCCAAACUGAUGACUUGAAGUACGCUUUGAAUCUUGCAAACAUUAAGGUGUUGGUGAUGCCAGAGCAAUUUAGCAAAAGCCAUUAUGUUGACAUUGUGAGGCACUUAAUUCCUGAUCAUGCUACAAGUAAAUCUACUACUAUUAGCAGUUCGAUGGUCCCCGACCUACGCCACGUAAUCGUAUGAGAUCAUAAAAGGCAUAAAGGGAUGAUAAAUUUCGAUGAAUUGUAUUCCAAUUACUCUAGAAGAGAUAGAAAGGAAAUGGAAAAGAGAGAAAGAGAGUGCGAUUUUGAGGCUGCAACCAAUAUCCAAUUUACUUCUGGUACGACUGGAUACCCUAAGGGAGCAACUCUGACUCAUCACAACAUCUUAAAUAAUUCAUUCAUGUUAGGAGGAUAUAUGGGCUAUGACUCUGAAACUAAAAUAUGACUUCCAGUACCUUUGUACCAUUGCUUCGGUAUGGUCAUGGGAAGUCUUGGUGCUCUGAACUAUGGCUCAACUGCUGUUUAUCCUUGUGAAGGGUUCAACCCAGAGAUGUCGCUCAAAGCAAUUUCAGAUUUAGGCUGUCAUGUUGUAUACGGAGUUCCAAUUAUGUUUAGCCAGACCCAUCACGAAUAUGUCCAGAAUAGGGACAAAUAUAAUUUGGAGACUCUUAAUCGAGGAGUCAUGGCUGGAUCCAUCUGCCCUUCAGAACUUAUGAAGAAAUGCAACAAAGAUCUCGGAAUUGAGUAUCUCUCCAUUGCUUAUGGAAUGACUGAGACUUCACCAGUGAGUUUCCAGACGAAGAGGUCAGAUCCAUUCGAGAAGCAGGUUGGCACAGUCGGCCAGGUCCAUCCCCAUGCUGAAGUCAAGAUUAUAGAUGAAGAUGGUAAGACUCUCAUGAGAGGAGAGAAAGGUGAAAUUUGUACUAGAGGAUACUGUGUUAUGGAAGGCUAUUUCAAUGACCCAGAUAAAACUGCUGAGUGCAUUAAUGAUAAGGGAUGGAUGAUCACUGGAGAUCAAGGAAUAUUAGAUGAUGAAGGAUAUCUUCAGAUCGUUGGAAGAGUCAAGGAUAUGAUCAUUAGAGGAGGAGAGAAUAUCUUCCCUGCAGAGAUAGAAAACUACCUCCUGAAGCAUCCUAAUAUAAUAGAUGCACAGGUUAUAGCAGUUAAGGAUGAGAAAAUGGGAGAAGAAAUUAUGGCUUGAGUCAUCCUUCAAGAUCCUAUAGAGCCUUUGAGCCAUACUGAUAUUUAUGAAUUCAUGCAUGGCCACGUUGCUCACUAUAAGAUUCCUAAAUAUAUUAGACAUGUAAAGGAGUACCCUCUUACAGUGACAGGGAAGGUCAAGAAGAAUGAGAUGAGAGAUGAAAAUAACAAGAUCCUAUCUGAGGUACAUCCAGAUGAUUGGGAGUACGAUUUCAACAUCUUUGUCUAAAUUUAAAACAGUUUACCCAAAAAUCAA